UGUUGUGAGGAAUUACAAUCAACAUUUGUUUAUUAUUGUUGCUCAUUAAAAAAACAAACUUUUGUUAUUGUUAUUGGCAAUGGCAUUGCUAGGCUUAUAUACAACGCUAGUGCUGCUGCUGCUCGGGCUAACAAUCAAGUGCCACGCCUUGGAGCUCAUGGAGACGCCCACGCUGGACAACGACUCUGCUGAGCGUGAGUCCUCGGAUGAGCUGCUGCCCAGCUGGCAAAGCUACUCCAGAGACACCGUCGCCAACUACAAUCCACAUAAAGUCGAUGCCAACUUUCGUCAGCUCUGGGAGCGUGUGCCGCUCCAAGCUAAGCAAGUGAUCAAGCGCUGAAGCUAGGGCUACAAUAAACGAUAUAUCAAGCUAGGGCUACAGUAUCUACAAACAAUAUAAGAUAUAUUCUCAUAUGUACAGCUGUACUUUAGCAUUUAAAAUGAGCGCUUAGCUUAAGCGUCAAACUCACAGUAGCACUUACUAUAGCUUUAUAUCUUUUUUUUUAACAUAAUAUAAUUGAAAAUUAGUUGAGGCUUA